AGUAAAAGUAAAAGCCUGAACAGCUCCGUCUUACAGAGCUUUUGUUAAAGAUCUUUAUCUUAAAUUCAGAACCAGCCCUAAAGUUCUUCUCCACCUCUUGUGUUGUCGCUGAAGAUGCUCCAUAGUAUGAAGCCCUGUGAGGGCCAGGCUGGAGGCUUCUGCUUUGAGAACAGCCGCAGGAAUGCAGCGUUGGAGUCCACUUUGUCUGAGUUUGGCUACAAAGCUCCCAGUGCCAGGAAGACAGGGACCACCAUUGCUGGGAUUGUUUACAAAGGUGGAGUCAUCCUGGGAGCAGACACCAGGGCUACAGACGACAUGGUGGUGGCUGACAAGAACUGCAUGAAGAUUCACUACAUCGCUCCAAAGAUCUACUGCUGUGGGGCUGGCGUGGCUGCAGACGCAGAGGUCACCACACAAAUAAUGUCGUCCAACGUGGAACUGCACAUGCUCAACACUGGGCGACCCCCACUCGUCGCCAUGGUAACCCGACAGCUGAAACAGAUGCUGUUCAGGUACCAGGGUCACAUGGGUUCAUCUCUGAUCAUUGGAGGGGUGGAUGUGACCGGAGCUCACCUGUACAGUGUUUACCCACAUGGCUCCUACGACAAACUGCCUUUCCUCACCAUGGGCUCUGGAGCUGCAGCUGCUGUCUCUGUGUUUGAGGAUAGAUUCAAACCAAACAUGGAGCUGGAAGAGGCAAAGCAGCUUGUACGAGACGCCAUUGCUGCAGGGAUAUUCUGUGACCUGGGUUCAGGAAGCAACAUUGACUUGUGUGUGAUCACUGAGGCUGGAGUGGAGUAUCUCCGAGGCUACGACAAACCCACCACAAAGGGAAAAAGGGAGGGACAGUACAGGUACAAGCCCGGCACCACGGCCGUCCUCACCAAAACUGUGACCCCGCUAUCUCUGGAUGUGGUCGACGUAUCGGUUCAGAUCAUGGACACUGAAUGAAGAACGAUAGAAAGCUCCUGGUGGAAUUAAAUCUGUCCAAAAUGUAGUAUGUGUUGGCUGCUCAAUAAAAAAAAGGCUGUGGUCAACUGUAUCAGUUUCUUGGUGCCUCUAAAGCAUCAUUGCCUAUAAAGGAAAUAGUUUUUUAACCAAAGCUUUUGCUUGUUAAAUAUCAUUCAUUCAUUCAUUAUCCUUAACUGCCUAUCUGCACUCGGGUUUAUCAAUACCUGUUAAAAAUCAAUAACUGCAAGUUAUUUGGUGACCACACUUGAAGAGUUGGAAGACUAACUGGAUUGUUCUUAAGAGUUUUUACUAAAACCUAUAAGCCAUAAAUA